CAUUUGGGGGGGGGGGGGAGAGGUUCUCAAUAAUACUGCAACCUCUAUAUUUCAAUCGGGGCUUUCCAUGUGUUGUGCAAUCAAACAUAACAAGGAAGUGUUCCCGUUUUUAUUCGUACGUGAGCUCGCCAAUGAACCAUAGACGAAAACACGGAGCAACAUUUAGCACAAGUGUCUUCCUGAGCUGCAAGCAUCAUGGCGUUUGUUCUGACCAGGUUGCUGAUUUUGGUGGCAUUUGUCGUGAUAUCUCACGAAGAAUUCGUCAAAUUAGGACCGGGGAUAGAAUACGAGAAUUGUGGUCCGCCAUUUAUGGUGACCCUGUCUCCUAACCCACCCAAACUCAGGAAGGCCCUAUACAUCACCGUCGAAAUUGUGGCUGCUUAUGACUUAAUCGCUGGGGUUUUCGAGGCUUACUACAACGUUUGGCCGUAUUACUACAAAGAUGAUUACUGCGCUGACGCCAAGACCAUGGAUCCUAAAGGCUGCUAUAUCAGCAAGGGAGAAACGAGAGUCAUUACCAAGACAAUUUGGGUGGACGACAACUUCAAGGAGACUUACUACGUGGCAAAUGUAACCCUGCGUAACGAGGAUCGCGAACUGUUGUUCUGUACUAGGGUGAGGGCCAAAUUGUAGCAAGCUUCAUGACGUCAUGACGUUGUCAUGUGACCAUAGUGGGUUCACAUUUACUGCAGACUUGUCGAUAUGACACUGAAAUGUCAUUAUUUCGAAGACAAAACGUAAUCAUUAUCACGGAAAAUGUAAUCUUAGGGAGACAUUUCCAUAGGGUUGUAAUUACCCCUAAAGCCAUAUUCCCUUAUCCUACCCAACGAAUUUUGGUAUAUUUAUGUUUUGGACCACGAGCAAUCAAUCUAGCCUAUUUGCGACGUAACUUUGCCUCUAAAUAGGAGUUGUGACAUUAAGGAGACAUUGAAGUGUCUCCUUAAUUCCCAGCGUCUCCCUAAGGUAUAAUUUAUGACAACAUGUUUUCUUAAGUAUACAUUAACAGGAGUUGUACUCAGAAUAUUGCCAUUAUGUUGAUUAUCAACAGUGUAAACAGAAAACUAAUCCACAUGAUUAUUAGCAAACUGUUUUUUGUCUAAUUUCUCUAAAAGACCCUCAUGAAAUUAUUGUGUAAUUCGCAAAGCACAUGCAAAAUAUACAAAAUUAUGUAAAAAUUUAAAAAGAAAACAUUUCAUGACUUAAGAUGAAAUGAGUUGACAGUCGAAGAAAGCCGUGAAUAUGACUUAUUAGGAAUCUUUCAGCAUUUUGAGUUACUACCAUUGUUUGCUAGGGUCUAUACACCAAAACAAAAAGAAAGCACUAUAAUUUCGUGAAUUCUUUUGGAAGUAUAACUUUGAAUAAAGGAAACACAUCCUUGAAUUAAAUAUUGUCAUCUUUGAAAAGAAAGUCA